UUAUGAUUAUUUACUUACGAAGGAAAGUUUAAAUAGGAAUGUUUAUUAGUUUGAAAAUAUAAAUAAGAGAAUUCUCUAUUCCCUAGUGAAGAAGAAGAUAUUGGAAAAUCCUUUUAUUGCCAUAUAUUAUCAAGAUAAAUUGUUUAAAUGGAGAAUUUUGAGGAACAACAUUGUAGGCUAUGCCUCAAUGUUUUAAGCGACGAACAAUUUGAAGAGAUAGAAGAAGCUACCAGAAAUAUUUUUGGCUUUCUAUUAUUAAAUCUGGAUUUUGACAACUCGAAUAAACACAUAAUAUGUAACGAUUGUUCACUACAGGUAAGAGAAGCAUACGAAUUUAAGUCGAUGUGCCUCUAUACUGACAAUACUAUAAUUACUCAUGUCGAUUAUGAAACGGAACGUUCUGUUGACUUAAGAGAGAUUUACGUAAAGGAAACAGAAAACAAGCAACUCGUGAAUAAAUUAAAUGAUGAUCAUAAAGUUUGUCGGUUAUGUAUGCAGUUAACAAGCAGUGAAUUUAUGUCGAUACAUAAAUUAGAGGUUGAUAUGAUUGAGAAAUAUAUUCCAGAAAUAAAUUUCAGUGUCGUCAAAGAUCCCAUUAUUUGCAAACGGUGCUUUGUUUCCUUCUGUACCCACAGUGGUUUCAUAGAGAAAUGCUUAAAAACAAAGGAAAACGUUAAGAGUUUUCAUGGUACAAAAGUCACUGCCAGUUUGGGCUGGACUCCAUCCUUUGCUUCUCCCGUUAGUGUUGAAGAGAUCAAAAUAAAAUCCGAAUUAAAUGAACGGGAAGAUCAAUUUAUCGAAAUGGGAUCUACUGCACUGAAAUUUGAAGAAGAGAAGUUGAUUAAAUCUGAGCCUCUGGAUAUAAAAGCAGAAGAAAAUGAUAAAGAGAGUUACAUAUUUCCGGAUAUUUCACCCCAUGAACUAGAAGAGACAGAGGAGCUUUCCGAAGUAGACAAGAGUAUAAACCAAUUUGAACGUGAUCAGAUACCCAAAAUAUACAUUUGUGAUAAAUGUAAUUUUCAAAGCAAAAACAGAAAAAGUUUCAUAGGUCACCAAAUAGUACACAAGGAUCCCUCGGCCGUGCAAUUGUACAAAUGCGAUUUGUGUGAUUUUGAGUCCAAAUAUAACGGGUCUUUUAAGCGUCACCUGGCGAAACAUGCUAACGGCACUACAUUUUCAGAAGCACCGAUACUCGGGUGUGAUUCGUGCGAUUACAAAACCAAAUAUAAAAACAGACUCAAGUGCCACCAAUUGACACACAUGAAUCCCUCAGAAGUGCGGUUGCAUAUGUGCGAUCUGUGUGAUUUUAAGUCGAAAUAUAAGGAAAGCAUAAGACUCCAUCAGUUGAAACACGCUGAUCCCACAAAAGUACAGAUGUACUCUUGUGAGUCGUGUGAUUUUAAAACUAAAUAUAAAGGCAGUCUUAAGCUUCACCAGUUGAAACACGCCGAUCCCUCAAAAGUGGAUAUGUACUCAUGUGAUCUGUGUGAGUUUAAGGCGAAAUACAUGAACAAACUUAAGCUGCACAAAGCGAAACACAUGGAACUUUCGCAGGCGCGGACAUACAAUUGCAAUGAAUGUAAUUUUAAGUUCAAAUAUGAAGAGUCCUUUAGGCAGCACCAGUUGAAACACGCCAAUCGUCCGCAAAUACUGACGUACGAGUGUGACUUGUGCGUAUUCGCGACCAAAAGAAAGAGCGGUCUUAUUUCCCAUAAGUUGCAACACGCUGACCCCUCACAGAUACAAAUAUACAAGUGUGACGUAUGUGACUUUCAAACUAAGUAUAAGAACAAACUUAAACCCCACCAGGCGACACACGCGGAUCCAUCGAAACCACAGUUGUACACAUGUGAUUUGUGUAAUUUUAAGUCCGAACGUAAGAGCAGUCUUCAUUUCCACCAAAUGAAACACACGAAACACUCAGAAAUGAGAAUUCACAAGUGUGAUUUGUGCGAUUUUGUGGCGAAAUAUAAAUUUGACCUUAAGUACCACAAGUUGAAACAUGCCGAUCCUUCAGCAGUGCCGGGGUACAAAUGUGAUUUGUGUGACUUUGUCAGCAAAUAUGAAAGCGGACUUAGGUAUCAUCAACUGAGGCAUGCAGACACUACAAAGGUGCAGAUGCACAAGUGUAAUUUGUGCAAUUUUGAAACCAAAUACCGGAGCAGUCUUAAGUCCCAUCUAUCAAAACAUGCAGAUUCUGUUUGAUAGACUUCUGGAUGAAGAGAAAGUACGAAGUCACAGUUUUCUCACUUAAAAAUUGUCAAGCCAAUAUCUUAUAUAAGUUUUAACAUAUUGCAAGAAUCUAUUUAUAUCAAGGCCUUCUGAGUUAACUAUUUAAUUUAGAAAUGGGUGAUAUAACCUACAAAGCAUAUGUCACAUCUCAAAUGUCGUUGCAUAUUAAGGAGACUAACUAAUAAUAAUAAUAAUACAAGUUCAAAACCGAUCUAUAUGUGUUGUGGUAAUUCAAUAUUAGUGGAGCUCAUGGAGCAGUUGCUUCCACCAUUAUCAUUAGUUAGCUAUGGUUUUUGUUGAACUUUUAUUUCUCUGGGUCAAUGUAGGCACUGCAUAAAAAAAUAUUUAUUUAUUUUGGGUAGAAUUGCCCAGACAUAAAAAUUACAAUUAUAGUUCAGGAAAACUCAUAAAUUCACAUUGAA